AUGCUAGACUUCCUCAAGAGCGCCCUGCGCAAACCACAUGCAAACGUGUACGGUCUGGACCAUGCCGUCCUCAACAUACAGCUCCCAGCGCAGAGUAUGUGGAUGAAUAUGGGGUACUGGGAGUACACAAAUGACUUCCCAGAAGCCUGUCAAGCGCUCCUCGAUCAGGUUCUCACGGCUGCGCUAUCAACGGAGAAGGCGUCCGCCUUGAGAAUCCUGGAUGUCGGGUGUGGCUGUGGUGAUCAGUCAUUGUAUCUGACAAAGAUUUUACAUGGCUCCUCUUCUACAUCCCACUCCGGUCCUGAAUCUGGGACUGAGACCGGGACGGCAACCCCUGCCUCUAUCUCCAGUACUCAGUCAGAUAUCCAACCAUCAGUGUCAGGCCUGCGGUCUCGCCAUAGUAAGACCAAGCUGCAAUCUUCUUCUUCGCUACGCCUGGAUUCCUAUAUUGGAAUCACGCUGGAACCAGCGCAGGCAGCGCUCGGCUCACGCCGCAUACAAGAAACGCGGAGAGACAGUGAAGAAUCUAUCGAGGCAGAUAUCUUCUGCGCAGAUGCUGCGGUCCCGAGCUCUUGGACUGGGGAGUUGAAGAAAUCAAUCACAACACUUGCAGACGCGUCAACCAAACAAAAUGAAAAUGAAGACAUAUCUACAUGGCUCCUGGCCCUGGACACAAUGUAUCACUUCCGCCCCUCACGCCUGCCUAUCCUGACCUAUGCACACAACUCGCUCAAUGCCUCAUUCAUGGCCUUCGACAUGAUACUAUCUAAUAGUAUAACCUGGUACGAAAAGAUCCUCCUCCGACUCGUGUGCUGGGGCACGAACUCGCCGUUCGGGAAUUUCGUAACCGAGAAGGAAUAUGUGGAGCUACUUGUUACGGCUGGGUACAAUCCUGCAUUUAUUGAGAUCCGAGAUGUCUCGCAGCACGUUUUCGGAGGGUUGGCGGGUUUCAUUAAGCGCAGGGUUGAGGAGGCCAGGCCGUUUGGGAUUAAAAUGGGGAAGUAUCGCGCGGCCAGGUUUUCUUUCGCGUGGUGGGCUAAGGGGAGGGUCGUGAGGGGGAUUGUGGUUGUUGCGAAAAAGGAGUGA